UCUCCUGUUUCUAAUAGACAAGAGUCAGGUGAGGCCCCUUCUGUAUCAACACAAGCAAAUGGAGAGAACCCAACAGUCUCAGAAUCUGCACCUAAUGGUGGCGACCAUAGGAGUCCACAUGAGAACACAUCACCACUGCAAGAACAAGGAGGUGCAACCACUCGGGGUUCACAAGUUACAACUAACACUGAGGAGUCAUACGGGACAGGGAACAAACAGUCAACAACGAACACAGAGAAUACCAAUAUACCCAUUAGUGAGAAAUCAACCACCACCACCACAACAACAACAACAACACUUCCUCCUGAACUCACAAACAACAAGAAGGGUGAUGCAGACAGCAGCAGCAGUAUCAGCAGUUCUGUGUGGGUGCGUGUACCACUACUGAUUGUGGUUACACUGGCCUGUAUUCUUGUGUGCUGA